UCACUCCAUCGCAAUCGCUGGCAUGAAGAAGCGCACUCCAUCUUGGGGGGUGUGCCUUCUUGGUGCUCUCUUCUUGCUCUCGACCGUGUGCGCAGGGCUACGGCCGAAUCCAGAUGCCAUGACGGCAGCCUCCGAUGACAGAGACAACCGAAGAAAAGCACAAGAUGAUCUGAUAUCGAAGGAAACCGGAGGAGAUGGGAUCCUCAAAGGACUCUACGCGACGGGUUCGAGCUUGCCGGACUGCUCGCACGCAUGCGGGCCGUGCGUCCCGUGCAAAAGGGUGAUGGUGAUCUUCAAGUGCUCUCUCGCCGAGUCCUGCCCCGUCGGCUACCGAUGCACCUGCGACGGCAAAUACUACCAUGUUCCUUCCAACUGAUCGACACACACAGCUCUCCAUGAAUCCCCCAUCUGCGCGGUGUAGCCAAGCUUCUCCGAUGAACCCUGAGACAUUGGCGGAGUAGGAAUUCCUGCUGCAUGUCUCUGCUCUUCCAUGUUGGUGUCUACAUAUGGAGCGUCGUGUAGCCUUCAGUACAAGAUUCAGAUAUGAAGGACCAAAAGUAUACAUGCACUGUACUGCGUAAUCUUCGCCACCGAGAACGGAUCUGUUAGCGUCGAGGCCACUCUGCGUCUGUGCAAGUUGCUGUAUUAUUCUAAACAAGAACAAGAAAUCGAAUGCUUGAAGCGAAGCUGCUGCAGUCAUUGAAUCAUCAGAAACGCUCCAUCGAUUGGUAGGAUCAAUAGCUAUUUCGAUCCGGCUUAAA